UUAAUACCAUUCACUUUCCAAUAGUAUAUAUUAGUUAACAAUACAUUGAUUUACAGUAUAAUAGUGUUUAAAAUACAGUGAUUAUCAUUAAACACACAAUUGUUUAAUAUAUUUAUUAUUUUAAUGAUUUGUUGAUUUUUUUAGUUAUUUUUAUAAACUUUUAACUAAACAAAUGUUUUAUUAAAACAAAUACACUAUGCGUUUAUUAUUAUUAACAGUUUGUUUAUUAUUGUCGGUAAUAUGUUUGGCCAAAUGUGCCGACCGGUCAAACUUCCGGACGUGUGACCAGGCUGGGUUUUGUCGCCGACACCGACAGCAAACUCCGUCUGAAGACAAUCAAUGGGUUGUUGUUACUGAAUCUGUUGUCCAGUCAUCUAAUGGACAUUCGGUAGAUUUUAAGCUUAAGAGCACGGCAUCAGGUGUUACAUUACAGGCCAUACUCUAUUCGUUGAUCGGCGGACAAGUGGCCAGACUUAAGGUCAAUGAAUUAAAUUCAUUGCGUGAUAGGUUUGAAGCCAAAGACGCGCUUCUUGAGGACAUACCUCAGGCUAAACUGGAAAUUACUGACCAGUCAUCUGACGGUUUUACUGUACAUCUCGACAAUACUAAGAAUAAGAUUGUUGUCAAUGGAAAACCGUUUCGCAUCGAUGUCUACAGCGAUGAUAAACUGGUCAUCAGUGGUAACCAAAGAGGACUUUUCAAGUUUGAAAACACGAGACCAAAGCCGACAGAAGGAGAGAACAAUGAGGCCCAACAACAACAACCGGUUGAGGAAUGUACUGACGGUUGUUGGGAAGAGUCAUUCAAAUCGCAUACCGACACCAAACCGUAUGGCCCGAUGUCUGUAGGUUGCGAUUUCUCAUUUGUCGACUUCGAGUACGUCUAUGGUAUACCAGAACACGCCGAUAGGUUUGCCCUCAAAAAUACUAAAGGAACUACUGAUCCCUAUCGACUCUAUAAUGUCGAUAUCUUUGAAUAUGAAAUCGAAACGCCAAUGUCAUUGUAUGGCGCCUAUCCCUUAAUGAUAGCACACUCGACAUCACGUACUGUCGGUCUUUUAUGGCUCAAUCCAUCGGAGACUUGGAUAGACGUUGAGUCAUCCAAUACUGGAUUAACUGGUCUUAUAUCUAAUUUGGUUUCUGGAGAGUCCAAAAACAAGUUAACUCAUUGGUUCAGUGAGACCGGCGUUGUUGACGUGUUUUUCUUAUUGGGGCCAAAAUCGAGUGACGUUAUGUCACAGAAUGCAAAGUUAACGGGUACUACACAACUGCCGCCAUUGUAUUCAAUUGGUUACCAUCAGUGCCGAUGGAAUUAUUGGACUCAAGGAGAAGUAAGUGAAGUUGAUUUUAGUGCCGAUGAACACGACAUUCCUAUGGAUGCCAUUUGGUUGGACAUCGAGUACACGGAAUCAAAAUCGAAGAAGUAUUUUACUUGGGAUCCGCAGACAUUUGGUGACGCAAAAUCUUUGGUAUCAAAUCUUACAUCGAAAGGUCGCCGAUUGAUUACAAUUAUUGAUCCACAUAUCAAAAAAGAUCCCAAUUAUCACAUAUAUACUGAAGGCACCAAAUAUGGAUAUUUUACUAAAGAUACCAAAGAUAAUGAUUAUGAAGGAUGGUGUUGGCCGGGCACCUCAAUGUGGGUCGACUAUCUUAAUCCCGAAGCCAGUAAGUGGUGGUCCGACAAGUAUGCACCGUCGCAUUAUCCAGGAUUUGAUGGUUUAGUCGACAUCUGGAACGACAUGAAUGAACCAUCGAUGUUCAAUGGACCUGAAGUAACGUCUCCGAGAGAUAUGAAACAUUAUGGUGGUGUAGAGAACCGGGAUCUGCAUAACAUGUAUGGAUUUCUAAUGACAAAAUCGACUUAUGAGGGUAUGGUACAACACCGACCCAAUAUUCGACCCUUCAUAUUGACCCGAUCAUUUUUUGUUGGUUCUCAACGAUAUUGUGCCGCCUGGACGGGGGAUAAUAUGUCUAAAUGGGAACAUUUGAGAAUGACUAUACCGAUGCUAUUAUCACAUUCUGUGACCGGAAUAACAUUUAUUGGCGCAGAUAUUCCCGGCUUUUUCUUUAACCCGGAAUCAGAGGAAUUGGUAGUCCGUUGGUAUCAGACUUCAGUAUUCCAUCCGUUUUUCAGAGGUCACGCACAUCUCGACACUAAACGUCGUGAACCGUGGCUUUUCUCUGAACCAACUAAACUCGCUAUUAGAGAUGCAAUUCGUUUGCGUUACACUUAUUUGCCAUUAAUGUAUAAACUGUUUUACGAGAACGAAAUAUCAGGAAUGCCUCCAAUGCGACCGCUUUGGAUGCAUUUCCCUCAAGAUGUUCAAUCAUUUGCUAUCGAUGACGCCUAUAUGUUGGGCGACGCACUAUUAGUUCAUCCAAUUCAAACACAGGGCGAAACAUCUGUCUCUGUUUAUUUCCCGACUGAAGGAAAUACUGCUUGGAUUGAUGUUAAGACACAUCAUGUUUAUAGUGGCGGCCAUUCACACACAGUUCAGGCCGAUCUCAAUACAGUUCCAGUGUUUCAGAGAAGUGGCACUAUUGUGGCAAAAAGAGAACGUAUGAGAAGGAGUGCCGUUUUGACAAUUCACGAUCCGUUAUCUUUGGAUGUAUUUCUCAAUAAUAGUGGUUCAGCUAAUGGUCAGCUCUAUCUGGACGACGGACAGACGUUUGACUACAAGAAUGGAAAACAUAUUUACAGCAAAAUAGAGUUCAACAGAAAGACAUUAACCUAUGAACUAAUUGAUGGCAAAUGGAAUGAAUCGAAGGCAUGGCUCGAAAGAGUGACUAUUUUUGGAUAUCCAUCGAAACCUCAGAAGAUUGUCAUCACAUCCGAAGAGAAGACAACACAACUGGCCUUUAAAUACGAUCAAACAAAGCGUAUAUUAGUUGUACGCAAACCUGCACUGAGCUUCACCAGCAACUGGACUAUUAAAAUAACUUAAAUGUUUAUACGUUUGGGUAUACAAUAGCUAAUCUUUCACAAACACAUACCGUAAAUUGUUUUUAAUUAAAUUACUAGUAAUUUUAUUUUAUUAAUCAUAUUG